AUGUUCGCCCGAUCUGCAUUCCGCGCUGCUCAGCCUUUGAGGUCUGUUCGUCGAUAUGCCACCGAGGCUGGAGGUGCUGGAGGAUCCAAUGCUCUCCUCUACGCCGCUGGAGCUGCUGCCUUCGGAGGUGCUGGUUACUGGUACUUCAGCAAGGGCGGAGCUCCCUCUGCUGCGGCGGAUGUGAAGCAGGCCGUUGGUGUUGAGCCCAAGAAGGCCUUCACCGGUGGCGACCAGGGUUUCGUUUCCCUCAAGCUUUCAGAUGUUGAGCUUGUCAACCACAACACCAAGCGUCUACGCUUUGAGCUUCCUGAGCCCGAUCAAGUCUCUGGUCUGCACGUUGCCAGCGCCAUUCUUACAAAGUACAAGGGUCCCAACGACGAGAAGGCUACUCUCCGACCCUACACUCCUAUCAGUGAUGAGAGCGAGAAGGGUUUCAUCGACUUGCUCGUUAAGAAGUACCCCGACGGUCCUAUGAGCACACAUCUUCACAACCUUGUUCCCGGCCAACGCCUCGACAUCAAGGGUCCUCUGCCUAAGUACCCCUGGGAGGAGAACAAGCACGAGCACAUUGCCCUCAUUGCCGGUGGUACUGGCAUCACCCCGAUGUAUCAGCUCGCUCGCGCUAUUUUCAACAACCCCAACGACAAGACCAAGGUCACACUUGUCUUUGGCAACGUCUCCGAGCAGGACAUUCUUCUGAAGAAGGAAUUUGAACACCUCGAGAACACAUUUCCCCAGCGUUUCCGUGCUUUUUAUGUCCUCGACAACCCUCCCAAGGAGUGGGUCGGCAACAGCGGCUACAUCUCCAAGGAGCUCCUCAAGACUGUUCUCCCUGAGCCCAAGAACGAGAACAUCAAGCUGUUUGUCUGCGGCCCUCCCGGCCUCAUGAACGCCAUCUCCGGAAACAAGGUCAGCCCCAAGAACCAGGGUGAGCUGACCGGUGCCCUUAAGGAGCUUGGCUACAAGGAGGACCAAGUGUACAAGUUCUAA